GACUACGCGCUCUCCACAAACAUGGAGAAAGUUGCCAGUGACAAGAUGUUCUUCUGCAGUUGGAUACGCCGCAAACUCCCUGGGCCUCUCAGGGAGGAGGUGUACCACCUCCUGAGGAUGAUGGGCCCACUGUUGCUGACUCGAAUCCUCAGUUGUCUGCUUCAGUUCGUGCUGACCAUGUUCUGCGGACGCCUCACCAAUGAGGUGAUGGCUGGCUAUGGAUUAGCCUCUGCUACCAUUAAUGUGACUACAGCAGCAACAGGUCUGGGUUUAGGGUUGGCACUUGAUACUUUGGUGGCUCAGACUUUUGGUGGUAAAAACCUGCUGCGUGUGGGCGUGAUCCUGCAGCGAGGCGUCAUCAUCUUGCUGCUGUUCUGUAUGCCCUGCUGGGGUCUGCUUCUCAACGCCCAAAGCUUCCUACUGCUAAUGGGCCAGGACCCUGAGGUCACCAGAAUUGCGCAGUUGUAUAUCACGGCGUAUCUCCCGGCAAUACCUGCAAUGUUUCUGUAUCACCUUCAAGUGUCUUACAUUCAGAAUCAGAGUAUAAUACUACCACAGAUGUACGCUGCUGCCUUGGCAAACGUGGCAAACUUACUGACAAACUACAUCUUCAUCAGCGUACUCGAUUUUGGAGUGUAUGGCUCUGCAGCAGCCAACGCCCUGGCAGACUUCUACAGCUGUGCCUUUCUGUUUGCUUACAUCUGGUGGAAGAAGCUCUAUACGUCCACAUGGGGAGGUUGGUCUUUGGAGUCGCUCCAGGAGUGGGGCUCCUUCAUGAAACUGGCGAUACCAAGCACAUGCAUGACCUGUUUUGAAUGGUGGAUUUUUGAGUUUGGGGGCUUCUUUGCUGGGAUGUUUCACAAAGACCAGCUGGCAGUCUAUCAUGCCUUGAUAACGGUGGCAAAUUUAAACUACAUGGUAACAGUUGGCAUUAAGAUGGCGGCGUGCGCUCGAGUUGGCAACGCCCUUGGGGCAGGUGACACAGCAGGAGCGCUCCUUACCAGCAAGGUGGCGUACUUUCUUUCAGUCACCUUAGCUGUUGUUCAAGGCACCGUGCUCGGAGCCACUAAAUCUGUCAUUGGCUUUCUCUUUACAUCUGAUCCAAAGAUCAUCAGUCUGCUGUCUCCCUUGAUGACCAUUUACUGCUUCCUCCAGAUAUUUGAUGGCCUUGUGGGUAUAUCCAGUGGCAUCUUAAUGGGAAUGGGCAUGCAAAAGAUAGCAGCGGUGGCUAAUUUCAUUGGCUACUAUUUCCUCGGCCUUUCCAUCGGUGUUGUUCUGAUGUUUGUCGCCAAACUCGCCAUUUUAGGUUUCUGGCUGGGGCUUCUCAUUUGUGUGGUUCUACAAUCACUCUUCUACAUUGUGGUCAUAUUCAGACUCAACUGGAAGAGCAUCACAGAGGAGGCAGUCAAACGAGCCAAGACGAAGAUAAAUGUGCCGUUACUUAACAUGGGUGAUGCUGUUCUUAACCACAGUGGAGAACAGACGCAACUCCAGCUCAAUGUAGGUCAAAGAUUUAUACAUUGUACAUACUCAUCAACAGAGGGCAGUGCAAAGAUCCCACUCAGCAACAUGGAGGACGCCAGGUAUCUCUCUGUUUCCCAACUGGUUCUCCGUCGAGGCGUCACCAUGGUUACAGCGUUUGGCCUCCUUGUGGUGGGCACUUGCAUACACUUCCUGGUGCCGCCGCCCGGGAACACGCCGCUGCUGCUUGAGUCCAACCUGACAAGCGUCAACACCACACACAGUCCUCUUCAAACUGUUACAAUGCUGGACUGGUGAAGACAAGAAGCAACUUCAGAAUUCAUUUCUUGUCUAGGUCAUACAGGAAAUAAGACUCUGAAGGUUGAUCACUUUUUUUUCUCUGUGCUCUGUAGCCACAAGGUCACUGUAAGUGCAUUUGUACUAGUUUGCUUGACUUACUUUUGCUUCUCAUUUGUAUUAAUUGUCUUAUAGAGUGAAAAAAAUAUAUAUAAUAAAAUGGCUUUCCUACUUAAACCCUAUGAAGAAUCCUUUUUUUUUUUUUGCUAUUUGAAAAACAGGAAUACGAAAUCUACCGUAUUGGCCCGAAUAUAAGACAGUGUUUUUUGCAUCAAAAUAAUACUGAAAAAGAGGGGGUCGUCUUAUAUUCGCGGUCUAGACAUUACACCCAUUCACGGCGCUAGAUGGCGCCAGAUAUCAUUGAAGCGAUGUUCUGUCAUGACAGAUCUCAGCUACU